AUGGCAUCUACCAAAGUACCGGUCUACUCGACCAAUGAUCUCAAGUCCGCCAGCGAUGAUGCGAUUCUUCCCUACUUGACCAAUCUGCCUACUCCAUACGCCUUCACGCCAAGUUACUCGAAAACAAACAUCCGCUUUCUAGUUGGUUACAGCGCUGUUGCAAUCGCUGGCUUCACAUUCUAUGCAGACCGCACCCUUGGUUGGGAAGCAACAACAUCACCUUGGAUCAUUGCUUCUGUAGCAACAUACUUCAUCUUGAACACAUUCCUCACAUACUGGAUUUGGGCCGUCGAAGCUGGCGAGGUAUACUCCGGGAAGAGAAAGACAGGCGAGACGAUAUCUGUCUCAUCGUCAGCUGGCAAGUUCUCUAGCAUCUACAAGCUACAUGUCAUUUAUAAAUCUGCUGCUGGGAAAGUUCUACAGGACAAGCGAUACGAAGCUCCUUUCACUACUUGGUUCUCGGCUGAAGGCAUAUUCCACCCUGAGCCUUUCCGCCGCUGGGUUGCUAGUGAGAUUGAUGUUCUGAGAUUGGCUGCCAAGCAGGGUGAUAAGAAGUCGGGGUGA